AUGAGAUUAUCGCAUGUAGACAGAUAUCCACGGUUUGGAGAAAUGGAACCCCAAUUUGUGUGCUUUACAAAAAGGCUCUCAAGAACGGAUGUCCGUCGCAACCUGGAAAUACCCAACGGGGCACUUUUUCUGCCGGCGGGCAACGGGGUCAUGCGAGUGCGUGACCGACAUGGAGUCACAUAUCAAUUCGUAGCAUCAGAAAGGAUAGGAAGGAGGCGUUCUCUGACCCAAGACUGGAUCCCUUUUGCAGCGGCAAAGACUCUUGAAGUCGAUGCCAUGCUAAGAAUUUAUUGGUCAGGGGAUGGGAAUGAAUAUGUGGUGCAAGAGGGUGUGCAACUCUUUGGACCGCACAUAGCUUGGUUAACACUAUGA